UCGUUCAAAUCACACUCAUUUGUUCCUUUCGCAUUCAUUUCACACCAGGUUCAAAACCACUUUCACUUCAGUCAUCCAGCCAACCUUCAUAAUGAAGUCCGUCAUUUUCGCCAUCGCCACUCUGGCCACCCUCGCCGCAGCCACCGCGGACAGCCUCGUUGUCAGGCACGUCGUCUCGGACGAAUUCGCCCACAUGAAGUUCCGCUCUGUCCACCGCCGCAUGCCUCAAGAGUUGGACCAGAACUCGUGCGAGACCAAUUGGGACUGUGGCACCGGUCAACAAGUCAUCUACAAGGACGGCCAAUGUACAUGCAAGAUCACCAACGGAGGUGCAGCCUGCGCCGCCGCCGGCGGUGACGGUAACACCUGGUACACCGACGCCGAAGGACACACCUGCUGCCCUUUCGGCGGCUCGCCUCCCCCGGAGCUGCAGAACGCGAAGCCACUCUGCCCCCAGAAACACAACGGUACACCUCCUUGAUCUCUGUCAUCAACCAUCAAUCAUCGCGGCUCAAUCGGAUCUGGACUCCUCUGUCGGAACAUUUUCACUUCGCAUUACUCAUGGAGGCAUUCUUACCUCUCCAACACUUAUGGCCAUUUUCCAUUUCACAUACUGUACUUCAAUAGUGUGGUAGCAAAACACACCGGGACAUGGCACCAAAAUUCUUACGCAAUUUCGAUCAUGUCAGCGUUAAUGUUGUCGAUGAAGUUUGCGGACAGUUCAUGGUGCUGUUCCAACGUCUCGUCCGCAUCGUUGUACAGAUGUGGACAGUGACGAAAUGGCCUGAAAGCACUGUUCUCUACCUCCUCCGCGACAAUCACGUUUCCUGCGACAUCUGGGCAGUCUGUGCCAGUGUGAAGGACUCCCCUACGCGGUACAUUUCAUCCAGAGCAUACAUGCCUCAAGAUAUGCUUCCGGGAGACAGUCUCGACUCAUUCCAUGAUCAGGGCAUCAGGUCAGCCCAUCACGAGGGUCAACCUCCUGCGCACCCGCGCUGUACUUCCGUCAGCCCACGCUGAGGAGGUUGUCACCCGAACGACCAACAC